GCACGACGAUCCCAUUCUUGUCCUGCAGGCAGCAUUCCGGGUGGAGAGUGUGAGAGAAAGAGAGAAAGACAGGAGAGAUUUGAGGCCGCACACUGUGUAUUUACAACAAGGAAUACGAGCUGUAUGUUCCACCCAGCUGCGGCGUUCAAGCGGGAUAUGGGCUCUCCAGGUCAGAUCCCGGGACAAGACAUGGAGCUCUAAGCUAGCCCUCUCCAUCUAUCUCCAUUUGCUGCCUUGCACACUGCUCGCCAAAACCACCUCUUCUACCCCUGCUAUAGUGGUUUGGCUCAGACUCCUGUAAGAGAAGAAGAGGGGAAAAAACCCAAGUGGGAGGGAGUAGUAAACUUCCCCCAGCUGCUGACCAGACACACACAUGCUGCAUUGCUGCCAUUCCCCAAGCCCUGCUCCAUCCAUCCCUAGGGCACGGCCACUAGCUUGCUAGCGAGCACUUCACACAAAGACAAGGCCUGCCCUCGGGGAUAAAAAUACAAGCAGACUGUGUGCACUUGCCUCUUUCUUUUUUCUCCCUUUUCCGGGUCAUCCAGCCACACGCUCAUUAACUGGGGCGCCUUUUGUUAACUGUAAUUCCUGCUGCUUUGAGCAGUGGAGGAUUGCUAGUAGCCAGUCAGUCAUUCAGCCAGGCAGACUGUGGAAGCCAGACGGGUUGGUUAUCAGAGGCCGGGAUGAUGGAGCCCAGCAUGGAGAACUGCCUGGCCCAGGUCCUACAGAAGGACAUGGGCCGACGGCUGCAGGUGGGCCAAGAGAUCAUUGAUUACAUAUUGGACAAGGAGAAGUCCCACGACCUGGAGCAGGAUCAGACUGCACUGGACAAGAUGGUGGACGGCAUUGCCAGCUCCUGGGUCAACUCCAGCAACUUCAAGGUGGCUCUGCUCGGCUUGGACCUCUUAUCUGCCUUAGUGACAAGGUUACAGGAGAGAUUUAGGGCUCAGGUGGGAACAGUUCUGCCCAGCCUCAUUGAUCGAUUGGGAGAUGCAAAAGAUCAAGUGCGAGACCAAGACCAAACACUUCUGCUAAAGAUCAUGGAGCAAGCUGCCACCCCGCAGUAUGUGUGGGACAGAAUGCUGGGAGGCUUCAAACAUAAGAACAACAGGAGCAGAGAAGGCGUGUGCCUUUGCCUCAUCGCCACGCUCAACACAUACGGAGCUCACGGCCUGACCCUCAGUAAAAUUGUUCCACACAUAUGUAACCUCUUGGGGGACCCCACAAGUCAGGUCCGGGACGGAGCCAUGGGCUGCUUGGUGGAGAUCUACAGACAUGUGGGAGAGAGGGUCAGGAUGGAUCUCACCAAAAAGGGCCUGCCACAGUCACGGUUGAAUGUAAUCUUCAGCAGAUUUGAUGAAGUCCAAAGAUCCGGGAACAUGAUCUCAUCCUCUGGCUCAGAUAAGAACUUUGAGGAUGAAGACUCUGUGGAUGGAGGCCGAUCCUCCUCCUCGUCAUCAUCCAAAGCACCCCCUAGUGGCAGGAGGACUGUAGUGAGCUCUGUAAGGAGACCCAGCUCGGCCACCACAGCUAAGGCCACAGCUAAAGAAGCAGCUGCCGGUGCUGUUGAUGAAGAGGAUUUCAUCAAAGCCUUUGAAGACGUGCCCUCAGUCCAGUUCUACUCUAACAGAGAGCUAGAGGACCAGCUGACCAAGAUCAGAGAAGUGCUGUCUGAUGACAAACAUGACUGGGAGCACCGAGUGGUUGCGCUGAAGAAGGUCCGUUCUCUCUUGAUAGCCGGGGCGAUUGAGUAUGAAGGUUUCCCUCAGCAGCUGCGUCUCCUGGAGGCCCCCCUCAAAUUGUCCGCUAAAGACCUGCGCUCACAGGUGGUCCGUGAGGCCUGCAUCACACUAGGACAUUUGUCAUCAUUGCUGGGUAACAAGUUUGACCACGGAGCGGAGAGCGUCAUGCCCACGCUGCUGAACCUUGUGCCCAACAGUGCCAAAGUCAUGGCCACGUCUGGGAUGGCCGCCAUCCGCCUCAUCCUCAGGCACACACACUACCCACGUCUCAUCCCCAUCAUCACCAGUAACUGCACCUCCAAAUCAGCAGCAGUCAGACGACGCUGUUAUGAGUUCCUUGACCUCAUGUUACAAGAGUGGCACACUAAUACACUGGAAAGACAUGUAGCUGUUCUGACUGAGACUAUCAAAAAAGGCAUACACGAUGCUGACUCUGAGGCCCGCUCCAUCGCAAGAAAGUGUUAUUGGGGUUUCCAUGGUCACUACAGCCGGGAGGCAGAGCACCUGUUCCAGGCGCUGGAGUCCACCUAUCAGAAGGCCCUCCAGUCUCACCUGAAGAGCUCUGACAGCAUCGUGUCUCUACCACAGUCUGACCGUUCCUCGUCGUCUUCCCAGGAGAGUCUCAACCGGCCAUUGUCUGUGAAGAGUGUCAUUGGAGGGAGCAUAACAAGGAGUAAGCUGGUGAGCACCAGGGGGCCUACUACACCGGGUUCCCUCCAGCGCUCCCGUAGUGACAUCGAUGUAAACGCCGCCUCCAGUGCCAAGUCACGUCUGUCCACAGUUCCUGCCUCAUCACCGUUCAGCACUGCAGCUGCCCUCCCCCCAGGGUCCUAUGCCUCACUAGAUGGCACUCCUGGUAAAAGUGAUGGUCGUGUUCGUACAAGGAGACAGAGCUCGGGCAGCGUGGGCGGGGCCAGUACCUCAGUGGUGGACAGUAGGGGGCGCAGCCGAGCCAAAGUUGUCUCCCAGUCCCAGCCCGGCAGUCGCUCCAGCUCCCCAGGCAAGCUGCUGGGGCACGGCAGCUACGGCCGGAUCCCUCGAGCCACGGUGUCGGCCUCCUCCACGCCGGCAGACAAGCGCAGCAAGAUCCCGCGCAGCCAGGGCUGCAGCCGUGAGACCAGCCCCAGCCGGCUGGGCCUCGCCAGCCUGUGUGGUAAAGCUCUUCUUCCUGCUGCUCUUCCCUACCGCACGCUAGCCCGGAGCCGCAUUCCCCGACCCAGCAUGAGUCAGGGUUGCAGUCGCGACACCAGUCGCGAGAGCAGCCGCGACACCAGCCCUGCUCGGGGCUUUGCUCCUCUGGCCUCCCGACGUCACUCCCGUUCAACCAGUGCUCUCUCCACAGCUGACCCUCACAGCCAGUCAGACCGGUAUGGUUUGAUUCACCAAGCAAGAAUCUCUGCGUCAGUCAACGCCAUGAGGGUCCUGAACACUGGCACAGAGGUGGAGGCAGCAGUUGCUGAUGCUCUGCUAUUAGGAGACUCCAGGAAUAAGAGGAAGCCGUUGAGGCGGAGGUACGAAUCACCGGGGAUGUACUCUGAUGAUGAUGCCAACAGCGACGCGUCCAGUGCUUGCUCUGAGCGCUCAUAUGGCUCAAGGAACGGUGGCAUCCCCCAUUACCUGCGCCAGACAGAGGAUGUCGCAGAGAUCCUGAACCACUGUGCCAGCUCCAACUGGUCAGAGAGGAAGGAGGGCCUGCUGGGCCUGCAGAAUCUCCUCAAGAGCCAGAGGGUACUGAGCCGAGUGGAGUUGAAGAGACUUUGUGAGAUCUUCACAAGGAUGUUUGCAGAUCCACACAGCAAGAGAGUGUUCAGCAUGUUCCUGGAGACCCUAGUGGACUUCGUCACAGUACACAGGGAGGACCUGCAGGACUGGCUUUUUGUCCUGCUCACCCAGCUGCUGAAAAAGAUGGGGGCAGACCUGCUAGGCUCAGUCCAGGCCAAAGUCCAGAAGGCCCUGGAUAUCACGAGGGAGUCCUUCCCAUUUGACCAACAGUUCAACAUUCUGAUGAGAUUUAUCGUCGAUCAGACUCAGACACCUAAUCUCAAGGUUAAGGUGGCCAUUUUGAAGUACAUUGAGUCCCUGGCUCGGCAGAUGGACCCCACAGACUUUGUCAACUCCAGCGAGACACGCCUGGCCGUAUCUCGCAUCAUCACCUGGACCACUGAACCCAAAAGUUCCGAUGUCAGGAAGACCCUUCAAAACUGGGUGAGCGAGGAGCUAGCUGGCAGGUCCAGUACUGCAGCCUUACUGUCCGCUGAGGGCAACCAGGAAGAAAGGUGUAAGCAGGCGGCCCAGGUGGUGCUGAUCGCUUUGUUUGAGCUCAACACCCCAGAGUUCACCAUGCUGCUGGGAGCGCUGCCCAAAACCUUCCAAGACGGAGCCACCAAACUGCUGCACAACCACCUGAAGAACUCCAGCAACACCAGCAGCAGUGUGGGGUCUCCGAGCAACACCAUUGGCCGGACGCCGUCGCGCCACACCCCCAGCAGAACCAGCCCCCUCACCUCUCCCACAAACUGUUCCCACGGAGGACUGUCUCCAAGUCGGUUGUGGGGUUGGGGUGUCGACGGACUGUCAAAGCACACCCCUAGCCCUCCUCCUCCUCCUCCGCCCCACUCCACCCCUGCUGCCCCCUCCCUAAGGGUCCUGCGCAGAGCAUAUUCACCCAGCAUGAUGGAGUAUGACACCGAGAACAUGAACUCGGAAGAGAUCUACAGCUCGCUGCGCGGUGUCACCGAAGCCAUCCAGAGCUUCAGCUACCGGAGCCAGGAGGACCUGAAUGAGCCAAUCAGACAGGAGGGCAAGAGGGAUGAUGCAGCAGGACGAGAAGGCGUGUCGUCCUCUACUGGCUCUGACGCCCGCCUGGGCUUAGACAUGGUGGAAGGGGGCCGCACCGCCUUAGACAACAAGACGUCACUACUCAACACGCCAUCACCUCGCUCGUUCUCUGGGCCACGGGGCCGCGAGUUCGCUCCUUAUGGCUACGGAGAAACAAUCUGCACAUAUGACAAGAGCGCCCUGAAGGAGGCUGUCUUUGACGAUGACGUGGAGCAGUUCCGAGACUGCCGGCGUCAGGAAAGUGGUGAAAACAAGAUGAUGUUCCCCAAGGUCUUUGCUCCUGGUAAAGUCGGCCAUGACCACUCAGACCUGGUGGCCGACCUGCUUAAGGAACUGUCCAAUCACAACGAGCGUUCUGAGGAGCGUAAAGUCGCCCUGGUGGAGCUGCUGAAGAUCACACGUGAAGACAGCCUGUCUGUGUGGGAUGAACACUUUAAAACCAUUCUCCUCCUCCUGCUGGAGACCCUGGGUGAUAAAGACCACACCAUCCGUGCCAUGGCCCUGCGUGUGCUGAAAGAAAUUCUGAGGAACCAGCCGGCCCGCUUCAAAAACUACGCUGAGCUAACCAUCAUGAAGACCCUGGAGGCUCAUAAAGACUCUCACAAGGAGGUGGUGCGUGCAGCCGAGGAGGCGGCGUCCACCCUGGCCGGCUCCAUCCACCCAGAGCAGUGCAUCAAGGUGCUGUGCCCUAUUGUGCAGACAGCUGACUACCCCAUAAACCUGGCUGCCAUCAAGAUGCAAACCAAAGUCAUUGAACGCAUCGCCAAGGACUCCUUACUGCAGCUGCUGCCCGACAUCAUUCCUGGACUCCUGCAGGGCUAUGACAACACAGAGAGCAGUGUUCGCAAGGCUAGCGUGUUCUGUCUGGUGGCUAUCUACUCUGUAAUUGGCGAGGACCUGAAACCUCACCUGGCACAGCUAACAGGCAGCAAGAUGAAGUUACUGAACCUGUACAUCAAGCGGGCCCAGACGACCAACAGCAAUAGCAGCAGUUCCUCAGACGUCUCCUCUCACAGCUAAUGGAGGGAGGUUUCAUUUGGAAACCCUGUGGACGAACGGCGUUCCAGGAUUUCCAGGGCAUAGACACGCUUCUUUCUGACUUCACCAUCUCUGAGCUUCCCCUCCUCCUCAUCAGAACUCGAGCUUUGCUGCGUUUUUCUCCUGUGUCGAGGAGAUCCUCUCAGCAACCUAUUUGUCGUUUAGUUCCUCCUCCCUACCUUUGCUCCAGAAACUUUUGAAUGUAACUGUGGGUUGGUUUUAGACUGGUGGGGAGGGACUCAACACAUUUGGAGUUUUUGGAUCUAGGAAUGCACCUUCUCUUCCUCCACAGUUCCCACAACCCCCACACCGCCUUUUGUCAAUGGAAGCAUGUUUCUCCUUGAGCCCACAUUUGGUAGAAUAAGGAGUUCAUGCAUGAUGCCGUGAAAUAUUCAUCAUCAGAUUGGAGGAAAUGUUAUCGUGCAAGAGAAACUUCUGACAAAAAGACCACAGCUUGGGAUGAAAUGUCAUUUGGCUGGCCCAGUGAUGGUGAUGAGUCCAGAGGUUUCGGGAUGAAAAACCAAAUAUUCUUAGAAAAGCAGAAAUGUUUAUGGGAACAAUGUGACAUAAAAAAAGUACUGUAUGAGCAUCUUUAGAUUACAGGCUGACAGAAGCCUGUACAUCGAUUGUAUUCUUGUUUUAAUUAGUUAAUAAGUGACUUAAUCAAUUGAAUGCCCCUUUCACAACUUAACAUGUUGCCAAACGAUUCCUUGUCAGCUCAGAAUUGACAAUCCUUCAUAUAAUUGUGCACAUCUUUAUUUUAAGGUUCAGAAGAUGACAUCACAGCUGUCACAAUUAAAGUUGUCUGAAUUUGUCUGGAAAUUCACAAUCGCAGACAGCAGAAGUUGAGCCUAUGAAAAGUUGCAGUAUUUUCACACUGAACGUUCUGCAUCAAGUUUGUGUUAUGUUUUGUUCAACAUGCUCUCACAUGUGGUUGCCUAUAGGUUGCUAGUUUGUUGCAUCUUACCUGUGCAUCUAAUCUGUGAGGCUGCCGCUCAGUCCUGUGUGUGUUUGAAGAGGAAGUUCUUUAUAAAUACUGCAGAUGUUUUCCCUGCUUGGAGGUGGAAGGGAGACCAGCGAUCCAAGACAAGACGUUACCCGGCCUUAUUCAUUUUACACAGACUAAUGUUUGUUGACUGGGACUGCGGAGAGUGAAUGAGACGUACAGCACUGAAACUCUCGGCUCUCAAAAACUGUGAAUCUGCAGGAAAAGUGACGGCAGCGUUCUUGACCUGUGUUGAUGCAAAGACAGUAUUAGUUGUGUCCUCUGAGCUCCUUCAGUUCGCCUCCACAUAACCACAGUUUCUGCAAUAACCGUAAAUCCACAAUUAAAGGUAUUUUGUACAUAUACUUUUUGACCACUGCUUCGCAAAGUUUUCACAAUAUCUGGAAAUAAGUAAAGUGAACAGUUUGACUAUCUCACUUUUUUGCACGUUAGCAAAAUAGCUUGCAUGUAACCUGCAGCACGUGUCAACUUUGUGCUGGAUUGAAUGGCCCAGGUGUUUGGCUGUUAAGUGCACUUGAACCAUCAUCAGAUUACUCAUCUCCAAAGUUUCAGUACAGGAUGUAGUCACAUUAACCAGGCUCAUAUGGAAAAGGUACAAAAUGGUGCAACAGCUCCAACUUCGCAAAACCAAAACCAUGUCUUUGGUAUAUUUAAGAUGGUAGAAAUAUCCAGGCAAGGUAUCAAGAAAUCACACCUCUGGUGGUUAUUUAUUUCAGUGUUACGUUUGAGGUAUCAAGAAGCUUUAAAAGGUUGGAUUUCUGAAAUGAGAUGGCUCUUUGAGUUUGACGGGUUCCCAAAGUUUACCCCAUGGAUCUCUAUUUGGGAAGAGUUUUCCCCAUCUGAUCAGAUUUUUAUUAUUUGAGAUGAUUUAGUUUAUCAUGGUACAGUUAACUUAUUGUAGGAAGGGAUCAGAAAUGAUUAUGCCUUUUAAUUUCUGCUAUCACCUUCGCUAACUUCUAGCAAAUGAAUCAUAAUAAUAAGGAAAAGUAUUUCUGACUUCACCUGGGGACAACCUGAGUCCUUGAAUGGACAAUUUGGGGCUCACUGUUUUAGUUGACUGGUGUUUUCAUUUAGGGAAUCCACUGAGAGUGGGCCGAUUGUUAUUUAAGUAAAUGAAUGUACAGACUUUACAUGUGUUAUAAUUAGCUUUUUAAGUAAUGGUACUGAAACUGAUUUGAGCGACACUCUGUAAUAUGCCUGUCUGCACUAUACCUUACUUUGCUUUCUCUGGAAUUCUUAAAACCAUUAAUCAGCUUAGGGUUUUUUUUAACAGGGCUUCUCCCAAUUAAAGCAAAUCCAUACGGGAAAAUUUCACCAGUCGGAAAACUACUGGUUGCUAGCAUCUGUUAUCACAAUACUGGUCCUAGAAACAGACAAGAUGUUCCUUUCAAACUGUUCACUAUGCAUGUUCUACAGUACACUGUCUUUCUUUUGUUCCAACCGGUCAUGUAAUAUUCAUACCUGUAUUUAUGUAUUUUAUUUUAUUUGUCCUCUCAUGAUAAACUGUACAGAAGGGUUUUUUGUUAACUUCCACCUGUGAUAGAUUUGCAACCAUGUAAAGAAAUUGUUUUGCUCUAGAAAUAAACAGACUAAGAACCGA